AUGGACCGUGGUUCUAAUAAAGACAGUGACGUGUCACCGUUUAAUGAUGAUGAAAUUGAACAGAUUUUACAUCCCAACAACCUUUUCACCGACGAUUUACGUCAAUUGGAUAAGGAUAGCAAUUCUGGAGCCAUUGAAGAUAUCAUCAAUCCAUCAUUAGAUCAGAAUGCAGCUAAUAAUAGUCAUAAUAACAAUGAAGCAAUUGAAAAUGCAAUACAGCGGGUCUCACCGGUACGUAUGAAUAACCAAUUGUUACCAACGAGAAUGUUUAGACCACCGGUAACUGCAGCACAGGCAUCAACGCCUAAACCUACAACUCAUAAGAAAAGACAUUUAUUUGUUAAUAAAGUAUGGAGUAUGUUGAACGAUGAGUCUAAUGGAAAUCUAAUUAGGUGGGCAGAGGAUGGUAAAUCGUUUGUUGUCGUUAAUCGAGAAGAAUUUGUACACCAGGUUUUACCGAAAUAUUUCAAGCAUUCGAAUUUUGCAUCCUUUGUGAGACAGCUUAACAUGUAUGGCUGGCACAAAGUACAAGACGUGAAGAGUGGAUCGAUUCAAAAUAGUAGCGAUGAUAAAUGGCAAUUUGAAAAUGAGUUUUUCAUUAGAGGUAGAGAAGAUCUUUUACAACACAUUGUAAGGCAAAGACCAGCAAAUCAAGCACGUCUAAGCGGUCCUACUGAUCCUGGUAGUGGUACUGCAAAUGGUAAUGGUGAAAUGCAUCUAAGUGAAUACCAUUUAGGCGACAAUGUUAAUUUUGCUGCACUUCUUAAUGAAUUAGAACAGAUAAAAUACAGUCAGUUGGCGAUAAGCAAAGAUUUGCUGAGAAUCAACAAGGAUAACGAGUUACUAUGGAAGGAAAAUAUGCUUGCGCGUGAAAGACACCGAACUCAACAACAGGCUCUUGAGAAAAUUCUAAGGUUUUUAGCGUCCUUGGUACCGCACAUGGACCAAAAGAUGAUUGCAGAAAACAUCUUCCAAGAUGUUCACAAUGGUAAUGGUAAUCAAACGGAUAUGCCGGGCUCGUCAGCCUCUGCGGCUGCCGCUGCUGGAGUUCCUUCAAGCGCGAAUCUUGGAGUUCCAUCACCUGGCAUCAAUGGACCAUUUGCACCUUAUGAUAAUGAAUUCCAAGAUUUCCCAAAUUUCAACGACGGUAUAUUACCACUGGACAAUCGAUACUUGUUAAGGAACGGAUCUCCAAACGAUAGUAAUAGCAAUUAUAAUAGCAAUUUGAACCACUACGAUUCAAAUGACGUUAGUACUGGACGUAUAUCGGAAAUUCCGUUUGAUGAAGAAGAAGAACCCUCGAGAAGCGUAGGUAGCAAUAGAUCUUCAUUCUUAUCGCAUUUACAAUCAAAUAUGGAAGAACAAGAUGCAAGAAUACAACAGCUGGAGGAUAUGGUAACCUCACAAGCAAAUCCGAAUUCAAGUCCAAAUCAAAAUCAAAACUCAAGUCUUCCACCUCAGGCGUCUACUACUAGCGGACUUACGCCAUUACUACAGCCGGAGGAUAAUCUGAUGUCACUACAGGAAAAUAGUCCAGGUGUCGUCGUACAAGAUUUAUCCUCGCAUACUAAUACUAAUAACAACAGUACGAGUAGUAGCACUACGAGGCCCCAAGACGCCGACCCCGCAUACUCUUCGGCUGGAAAACGUGUGGCACAUGAUGAUGAUCAUGAGGACUCACUGAUCGAAGAGAUUGACACUAAGAAACCCAGACAUUAG